UAGUCACGGAAAUGAGGAGAAGCAGUUUUCCACACAACUGUUUCAGAUAAGGAAAUCUGACGUUUGUGGCCCUAGUUGUGCACGGAUAGAGGAAGAAAAAAAAGUGGGUGUACACAUUAGUUGUGCUGUGAGGCUCUACAGUGCUUCAGUUCAGAUGAGCUCACCCAGCCGAUGCACACAUCGUAGGAUCCUACCAAUCUGAAAAGGCGCAAGGACUGCGAGCAGCAGCCUUGGCAGUCAGUGGGAAGAGUGAAUGCAUGUGUGCAAAGGCUGUCGACUUUCUACAAGACACAAAGUAAACUGAGAGAAGCGGUUGAGGAUCCAUUUCUUAUUGGAAAGGUUUAAUGGAUUUGUAGCUUUUCUGGAUGGAUGUGAAUCCACUCUUGCAUCACAGACUGGACUGGACUUCGGGCUGAGCGACUGAUGAGAAGAAGCCUACUUUAAACACUCUGCUGUUCGUUUUCUUUUCUUCUCUCCCCCCACCCCCCUCCCCCCUACUCCACUCUUCAUAAAAUGCCAGGAUUUCGUCCAUCAUACUCUGUCCAGUUCAAGCCAGGCUGCUCAUUUGGAAGGACGCCAGACCUCCAGCCUCUCAAAUCUGCAAGUUCAGUCCAAUAAAUUGUGACAUUGUCUGUCAGCCUUGGAAUAAGAAAUCGAUACUCAAGAAAAGGGACGCGAUAUUCUUCCGGAAUUUUAACGAUCUAUUUCCCGCUAUCCUUAUAAAUAUGCGAAUUGCUUGGAUUAGGUUGGUUUGGUCCAGCUUCACGCUUUUUUAGCUGGAGCAGCGCUGAUAGUGACUGAUUAUUGCUGUUGAUUUUGUCCAUGCAAGACUCGGGGUGGAAACAUGUCUGGCCACUUCUUUGAGAGGAUCACUGCUAUCAGAGAUGGCAUUUUGGUCCAGCACUUCGGUUUUCACCUCUAAAGUGCCCCGGAAAAUCUUAUUCAUGUUCACCCUCUCCCUCUCUGUCACCUACUUGUUCUAUAGCUUGAUGAGCUGCUACAACUCGCUGCAGUUCCCUUUGCAAGAGAACUACGUGUAUCAAGGGGGGCUGGUGACGGAGGAGACAACUUUUGUGACAUUGAGGGAGAAACUUUAUUCCGCUUCCCAGGGCUUUACAGAAUUCACCGAGGCCGAGAGAACCACAGCGAUUUCCACCGUAAAGGAUCAUGCUGAGGCCGAACAAAGGACAGUGGAAUGGAUUAGGACUCAGGCGUCUCCAACUAAAUCCGCGGCGGCGUAUCACACCACCGCGCUGGAGAGAGAGCACCAGGAAUUCAGCACCACGGACAGCGAACUCAGGGUGAACUGCACCUCGGAUUAUGGAGAGAAGAAACUUCCUCAAGCCAUCAUCAUCGGGGUGAAGAAAGGGGGAACCAGAGCCUUGCUGGAGGCUCUCAGGGUGCACCCGGACGUGAGAGCCGUUGGGAAUGAGCCACAUUUCUUUGACAGGAACUACGAGAAGGGGCUGGACUGGUACAGAGACCUGAUGCCUUCAACCCUGGAGGGGCAGAUCACCAUGGAGAAGACACCCAGCUACUUUGUGACUAACCAUGCCCCAAAGCGCAUCCACUCCAUGGCCAGGGACAUCAAGCUUAUUAUUGUGGUGCGUAAUCCUGUCACUAGAGCCAUUUCAGACUAUACACAGACUUUGUCCAAGAAACCUGAGAUCCCGACCUUUGAGGUUCUGGCUUUUAAGAACCGGACGCUGGGUCUUAUAGACGCUUCAUGGAGUGCAUUGCGUAUAGGAAUAUAUGCGCUCCACCUGGAGAGCUGGAUGCAGUACUUCCCUCUCUCGCAAAUGCACUUUGUCAGCGGGGAGAGGCUCAUUGUGGAUCCUGCAGGCGAAAUGGCCAAAGUGCAGGACUUCCUGGGACUCAAACGGAUCGUCACAGACAAACACUUUUACUUCAAUAAAACAAAAGGAUUUCCGUGUCUGAAGAAGCCAGAGGACAGCAGCACUCCCAGAUGCCUCGGCAAGUCUAAAGGGAGAACUCACCCUAAAAUUGACCCGGAUGUGAUUCGGCGGCUGCACAAGUUCUACAAACCCUUUAACAUGAUGUUCUACCAAAUGACUGGCCAGAACUUUGAAUGGGAGCUGGAGGAGGACAGCGAAACUCGAAGCUCUCAGGACUAGUAGACUGCGGCAUGGCACGGCGCAGCCACACCACCAGCCUUCUCAAUAAAACUACUAUUGUCUCGCUUCAUGUUCAGAGAGAGUGCUUGAGCACGCCAAUCAAUCAUGGCU